GAAAGGUACGUGGUGGCGUGCAGUUGCGCAUCGACCUCCGGGGCGUGCACAGCGAGAGCGGGUGGUGGCGCUCCUCGUGGGUGCAGCGGCGGCGGUGGUGCGUAGGCGGGGUUCCCGUCGUCGCUUUCUCUUCCAGGCUGGACCGUCGUCGUCGUCACCGUGAACGUUAGCGAUCGAAAUGCCGUUGCCGGUGCUGGCGACUGCCGAUCGCGACCCGCGCUUCUGAGCUCUCUCUCCCCUUCGAUCCCCGCUUGUUGUCGGCACCCACAUGUCGUCCCUCGCCAACGUCCGAAUCGCACCGUCGGAAUUGUCACUGUGAUAUGCUCGUUCCAUUGGCGGACUAUUAUGGAGAUAGCUGAUGCCGGAGGAGGAUUCGACAAGAGCAAUAGACAGCAGUCCCGACCGCCGAUCAUCGGCGCCGUCUCGCUGCUGCUGCUGCUGAUCGCUGACGCGUCGAACGGCGGCGGCGUCGGCGGCACAGUGGGCGGGGGCGGCGGGGGCGGCGGCAGCGGCGGAGGUACCUGCGGGUUGGCCGAGUUGACGUGCCGCGACGGCCGCUGCGUACCGAUCGACGCCUAUUGCAACGGCGAGGACGAUUGCGGCGAUGGCAGCGACGAGCCGGCGAUGUGCACACCCUGCAAUCGCACGUAUCACGGUCGCGAGGGACGCACGUACAAGUUGGACCUGCCCAGGCCCGCGGAGGAACGUUUGCCGUUCCUCUGUCACUUGACGUUUACCGCGGCUGGUCAGGGCUACGGCGAGCUGGUCCAGCUGCUGUGGGACGCGUUCAGCGUCGGCCGCGUCGACGCCACUGCCGACAACUAUUUCACCAGCUGCCCCGAGGGCUCGCUGCAACUCGCCGAGCUUGGCAGACACUUCACCGGCGGCUCGUGGUGCGGCGUCGGCGAGGGCGGGGCGUCCUAUUACAGCGAAACCAGCACUGUUACCGCUUCCAUACGACUCUUCCACGCACCCGCCACGGUGCCGUUCGAGUUUCGCCUCCGUUACCGCUUCGUCGCGCGCAACGAGGCGGUCGCCCGACUAGGAAAACCGGAGCUGCCGAUUGAGCGAGGUUCCCCGGUACCGGGUACUUAUUGUUCUCGCAACUUUUACGAGUGCCACCUGAAGCAAUGCCGGCUGCAAAGCCCGAACUACCCGGGCGAGUACCCGCGCAACGCCAGCUGCCUGAUCACUGUGCGCCAGAAGGAAGUACCCACGUGCAAGCACGCGAUGAUAUCCGUCAAAAGCACGCCGACCGGUCCGGUUGGCUUGAACGCGGCCAUCAACGCGAGUCUCAGCGUCUGGCAGGACUGUCCACCGGAGAAGGACCGUUUGAUCUUCCGCGACGGAGCACGUACCGAAGACCCGAUCCUCCUGGUGUACUGCGGCGGCCCGCUGCCGCAGGUGACCGCGCGCGGACCCGCUAUGCAAGUGGAGUUCCGCAGCUCGCCCGUGGCGACCGCGCUGGGCGCUUCCGCACUGCGGCUCGAGCUCGAGUUGCGGGUAAUCUACGUCGAUUCGGAUGGCCUGGACUACGCAAAGGGCGCGCAGGGCUGUCACUUCUUCGUGAACGGCACGGGCGUCGGUAGCAAGCGCAGCGGCAUAAUACGCGCCCCCUUGCACGCACUGCCACCGGGCUCCAGUUGCACGUGGAACAUCAAGGGCGCGACGGGAGACCGCGUAUGGCUAUACUUCUCAUCGUACUCGCAGCGUGACUUCACCAACAACGGCGAGAACAACGUGAGCGCGGACGGCACGCCGCCACAAUGCGCCGUCAAGCUCGUCUUCUGGGACGGUGCGCCGAACACCGGACAGCCGAUGGCCAUGCUAUGCGACGAUACGCCCAAACUGUGCGCUCACGCGGCUCUACGAAACGUCACCAGAAGCACGCGACCAUGCACCACCGAUGAGAGCUACCUGACAACCGCGCCGACCUUGACACUGCGUAUGGAAACUAUUUUGGGUACUGCUCUCCAUCCGGUCAAUUUUCAUGCGCAGUACGAAUUCAUCUCUACUCUUCAGUCCGGCGAGCCUUGGGGCGAUGGUAUCUGCAGUCGAAUAUGGCGUAAAACCCGCGUCGGCGAAGUGAUGUCGCCACGCGACGUACGUCUGUUUGGCCGGGGUGGUGCCAGCAAGUUAGAUUGCAGGUAUCGUGUGGAGGCUAGUACCGGUGAGCGGAUCCGCCUAACGCUGCACAAUGUCAGCCUAGGCGAGUCUACUAUCUGCAUGAGUGAACCCGACCCGCACACUGGUAGACCACGCUGCAUUCACGAACUGGGAUCCAGGGAGGCGCGUUUGGUAAUUUACGAAGCGCCAUGGCGAGAUGUAAAACUGCCUCGGGCGUGCCUAUGCGACAAUACGUCAAAUCUGCCGCUUACAUACAUCUCCUCCAGUCGAGCUCUGGAGAUAACUUUUUUAGUGGACCAGCAAGCGCCUCACGAAGAUUUCGAGACGCUCUUCUUCUACGCCAGCUUCGAGCUCAUCCGCGUGCCGGAAUGCCCACGGAAGCAGAGAAUCCGCGGUGAAGGUGGUGAGCUGAGAUUCGUGUCUCCUCCGCUAUCAAGACCAGAUAUUUACUGCGAGGGCUUUCCGUGGUUAGUAGAGGCGCGCGAGAAUCGAUCUCUCUUUGUCCUGACCUGGGGCUGGUUUCUGCCAUUGGAGCCGCCGGCAGCCACCUCCGAAUCAGCUGGUGGUCUCACCGGCGGCAGCGGCAGCAGCGAUCAGACGAAAUGCCCGACCACCAACCGCAUCCUCCUCUAUUCCGGCUGGCCGCCGAAGCUGCUGAAGGUGGUGUGCCCGGCGGAGCCAGGCUCCCGCGAGUUCACCGUGCACGUGUUCUCGGAGGAGUGGUUGGGUCCCAUGGAGGAGGGCAAGUGGCCGGGUCCACCAAGACCGCCGGCCCUACUGUUGGACUUUGUCGCACGAGAACCUGGCCAGGCGGCCGCGUCCUGGCUGGAGAUUUCCAAAAGCCGUGCGGCGCUGCGUCGACAACUGCGUCUCCCGGAUCGGGGUGCGGUUGGUAUAGAAAACGAGACAAACGGCAUGCCGUCAUAUAUCGGUGACUGCCCACACAAGUGUCCCGAAUUGGGCGCGUGCAUUGCCGCCAGUCUCUGGUGCGACGGUCAUGCUCAUUGCCCGUCCGGUCAUGAUGAGGCCAACUGCGGCAAUGGCGCUCGACUGCUCGGCCUGCUGCCGCCCACUAUGUGGCUCGUCGUGGCCGGCGUUGCUGGAAUUGUCACUGCCUUCGCGUGCCUAUUCACUAUUCUUAUUAGCAGAUCCAAAACUCGCACAAAGAGACUUCACUACAAGGGGGCAAAGAAGAAGAAGAAGAAACAGAAGAGCAAGAAGCCGCGACGGGCACCGACGGAGGAGACGCUCCUCGGGGCGGCGUCCUGACAUGAGCCGCCCGGUUUCGUGGAGUACAUUCACGUGGACCGGGAAACGACUGUUUAGCGACGCUAAUUUUGUGCUUCACCGUCCAACAAUUAAUUAACUCUACUCGACAAAUCUCCCCGUGGUGCCAUAUAUAUACAAAAUAAUCGCGAGGUGAUGACGCGUGUGCUCGACUCCGCGCCACGCGCUUCCUCUCUUUUCCCUUGUUCAUUCGACGAGAAAACCUCGCUCGGUUUCUUCCUCGCAGCGAUGUGGAAUCGAAACCAAACCACUCAUCACCGAAAUGUCUUCUGUUCGCGGGACAUUAGUGAUAGUUCUGAUUUGUGAUAGUUCUCUAUAUGUAUCUAAUUACACUACAUGCUAUGUCACCAUGUAAACACACACCUACAUACACGGAAAGAGAGAAAGAGAGAGACACACGCCACAGACACACACAGAGAAAAUCUUUAAAUUCAAAUAUAGCUCUUAAGCGCGUCUCACUAGGACGGAAAGUAAAUCCCGAAACGUGUGGCACACACUCAAGUGAAGUGUGCCGAGUGAAGUCUACCUUUUAAAUGCUAUUAUUACCUGAAAAAAAAAAA